UGCUGUGCACGUCUGCACAUAACACUAACCACAUCCUUAACGUUGUCUACUUUAUCUAAUCAGAACAUUACAUACAUUGGAUGUUAACGUGCUCUAGUAUAUCUAAUAUGAGUACCACACACAUUGGAUAGUGUAUAUUUGAUGUACACUGGCUAACAGCAUACACAAACUGAAGUAAAAUGGAAAUGUCUGCGAGUAAACGACGUGUUGCCUUCGUAACCGGAUCAACCAGCGGGAUAGGUCUUGGCAUUGCGCACCGGUUGGCGAGUGCCGGUCAUGACGUCAUAAUACACGGUCUAUGUCCGCAGGAUGUGAUCGAUGCUGCUAUUGAGGAAUUGAGACGCCAUGACGGCGUAAGAAUUUCGUUCGUCAGUGCUGACUUCGCGCUAGAGGACGAGAUCUCUAACUUGUGUGCUGACAUCAUAAAACUCUACCCGGAAGGCAUAGAUAUUCUAGUCAACAAUGCAGGUUUCGUCUCUGCCCAUCCAGUGGAGAGCUAUCCAGUUGCGACCUGGCACAAGAUGAUGGCCGUCCACCUUACCGCUCCUUUCUUGCUAUCCAAGUUCUUUGUUCCAUACAUGAAAAAGAAAGGAUGGGGUCGUAUAGUCAACACUUCCUCUUCGAUGGGACUUGUAAGUGCGCCCGGGAUAGCACCUUACAGUGUGGCCAAGUCCGGCCUGAUUGCCUUUGCAAAGGGGCUGGCAUUGGAAGUUGCCGAGCAUGGGAUCACCUGUAACGCCAUUUGUCCGGGUUACGUCGAGACCGACUUGGUAAAAGAGCAUAUAGAAGCGAUUGCCAGACAAAACAAUGUCUCUUUUGAACAGACACGGGUAUACAUUUUUGAGAAAUAAAUACCGACUAAGAAACCUGCAACUGUCGAGCAAGUAGCUGCUUUGGUGCACUUCCUAUGCAGUGACGACGCCGCUAGCAUGACCGGAGGCGCGUACCUGAUGGACGGCGGAUAUACGGCACGCUAGAGACAAUCGUCUUAUUAUUAUCGUGAAUUUAGUUUUCAUGUACGAUAUGCUAUACGAGUAUGUUCUUGACAAGCAGAUUACAGUGACAAUAACUCAUGCAAGCAGUCAGAAAAAAACCAUGAAAUGUCUAAGACAUCAUCUCGAUUAGAGAUAUAUAAACUUACUGAGGUUUGUGUUUGUUGUAAAUUCAACUUGUAAUAGGCAAUAUAACAGAACAGAACAUAAAUUUAUUUUCAUCCAAGUUAAGUAUAUAACAUAUACAAUUGU